CCCUCGCUUCGCGCCGCGGGCUCGUCCCUCGCCGGGUCCGCCGUGCCGGGCCGCAAGUAUCGCGGGAGCCGGGCGCUGCCGCAGCCAUUGGGCGGCGCGGCGGCGGAGAAGCGGCCACCGACCGGCCGAGCCGAACGCCGGGUAGCCGUGGCCGCAGCCCCGUCCCAUUCCAGGAGGCCAUGAGGAGGAAGCGGGCGGCGGCGCCGCGCUGUGCCCCGGGCGGGCGGCGGCGCUGAGGGGCGCUCCGCCGCGGGUGCUGGGACAGCCAGCUCUCCUGUGGUUCAGCACCAAGGCUGUGCGUGGGGACACGGCUGGAGCACAGCUCCCAGUGUUAGCAUGGAACACAGCGUAUAAUGUGCGAUGCGUGUCUUUGCUUCCACUCUGGAUUUUGGCUGUGGGAGUUUGGUCCAUCUCAGCAGCGGCGUUCUUUCUUUAGCACUUUAGCUGGAAAGGAAGCAAAGCGAUGAGGAGAUUUGUUUACUGCAAGGUGGUGCUGGCCACUUCUCUCAUGUGGGUGCUUGUGGACGUCUUCUUACUGCUGUACUUCAGUGAAUGUAAUAAAUGCGAUGACAAGAAAGAGAGGUCCCUGCUGCCUGCUCUGAGAGCUGUCAUUUCCCGAAACCAAGAAGGACCCGGUGAGAUGGGGAAGGCGGUGCUCAUCCCAAAGGACGACCAGGAGAAGAUGAAAGAGCUGUUUAAAAUCAACCAGUUUAACCUUAUGGCCAGUGACCUGAUUGCUCUGAACAGAAGCUUGCCAGAUGUGAGGCUGGAUGGGUGCAAGACCAAAGUGUACCCCGACGAGCUCCCAAACACCAGCGUGGUCAUCGUGUUCCACAACGAGGCCUGGAGCACUCUGCUGCGCACCGUGCACAGCGUGGUCGCCCGCUCGCCGCGCCGCCUGCUCGCCGAGAUCAUCCUGGUUGACGAUGCCAGUGAGAGGGAAUUUCUGAAGGCCUCCUUGGAGAACUACGUGAAGAAGCUGGAGGUCCCGGUGAAGAUCCUGCGGAUGGAGCAGCGGUCAGGGCUGAUCCGUGCGCGGUUGCGGGGGGCAGCAGCUGCCCGGGGGCAGGUGAUCACCUUCCUGGAUGCACACUGCGAGUGCACCCGUGGCUGGCUGGAGCCACUGCUGGCCAGGAUCCGGGAGGACAGGAGGACUGUUGUAUGCCCGAUCAUCGAUGUGAUCAGUGAUGACACGUUUGAGUACAUGGCUGGGUCAGACAUGACUUAUGGAGGGUUCAACUGGAAGCUGAACUUCCGCUGGUACCCCGUGCCCCAGAGAGAGAUGGACAGGAGGAAAGGGGACAGGACCUUGCCUGUAAGGACCCCUACUAUGGCUGGUGGCCUAUUUUCUAUUGACAGAAACUACUUUGAAGAGAUAGGAUCUUACGAUGCAGGAAUGGAUAUCUGGGGUGGCGAGAAUCUUGAAAUGUCUUUUAGGGUUUGGCAGUGUGGUGGCUCCCUUGAGAUUGUCACAUGCUCACACGUUGGCCAUGUCUUCCGUAAAGCAACCCCUUACACCUUCCCUGGUGGCACAGGGCAUGUCAUCAACAAGAACAACAGGAGGCUGGCAGAGGUCUGGAUGGAUGAGUUUAAAGACUUCUUCUAUAUAAUAUCCCCAGGAGUUGUGAAGGUGGAUUAUGGCGACGUGUCGGCCAGGAAAGCGCUGAGAGAAGCCCUGAAGUGCAAACCCUUCUCGUGGUACCUGGAGAACAUCUACCCCGACUCGCAGAUCCCGCGGCGCUACUACUCGCUGGGAGAGAUCAGGAACGUUGACACCAACCAGUGUUUGGACAACAUGGGCCGCAAGGAAAAUGAGAAAGUGGGCAUCUUCAACUGCCACGGCAUGGGAGGGAACCAGGUGUUUUCGUACACGGCAGACAAGGAGAUCCGCACGGACGACCUGUGCCUGGACGUGUCGCGGCUGAACGGCCCGGUGACCAUGCUCAAGUGCCACCACAUGCGGGGGAACCAGCUCUGGGAGUACGACGCCGAGAAGCUCACCCUGAGGCACGUUAACAGCAACCAGUGCCUGGACGGGCCGUCGGAGGAGGACAAGCUGGUCCCCAGCAUGAAGGAGUGCGCGGGCGGCCGGUCCCAGCAGUGGCUGCUGCGCAACAUGACGCUGGGGGCCUGACGGCGUGGCCCGGCCCCGUGGCUCCUGCCAACGUGCAGGCCUCAGGCCUACCAGAAGCCUCUCGCCCACAGGACGCCCUGGGCCCGCUGGAAACCGCAGGCCUGUUGGAGGCCUCACGCCCGCUGGAGGCCCGCUGACCAACAGAGCUGUGCUGGGGCUUCCUCCAGCAGGCCUCCACGUGCCCUCUUCCAACCUGUGACUGCUCAAAAGAAGUGCAUUGGAGCUUAUAAAUAUCAAAACCUGCACCGUCAGCAUCACAAACGUCCUCAGAGGUGUUUCGAGAGAAACCUUUGUGAAAUUUGGUUGGAGAGGUUGGGUGGAGAAUGUUGGCUUGUGUGGCCCAUGGUGCUGCGGAGCAGUGGCGUGGCACGAAAUGCCUUAUGGAGCUGACGGUGCUGGGAGUGACGGCUGGUGGCUCUGCAGCCUCCACAUGUUGGUACCUGGCUUUCCUGGCAGCACGAUGGGAUGUUUGUGGUGGGGAAGCCCUGCACUGGACAGGUCCCUGAGGCAGUGUGCGGAGUUUCUGGUGCCAGGAAACAACGGGAUACCCACGGAUGUGUGUUUGAAACAGCAGCAAAAUGGAACGCAUUCAUAAACUGAAAUUAAGUGAAACAACAGAAGAGACAUUGGGACAAUGCUAAGACGGAGUGAUACGCGCUGGAAUCUGCAGUAGGAAGACUGGGUUAGGGUUAGGGCACGCAACCUCACACCUGGGAAACGUAAAGGGUUUUUGCUGCUUCCACUGAAUUGAUCCUCUGUGAGAAACAGAGACCAGGUGUCAGGCUGGACCCAAGCUGCAGCUGCUGCUUUUGAGCGUCACUGUGUCCCUGUGUCCUGUGUGAAACGCAGUCGGGAGCGUUCCUCCAGGGAGCCCCUAUCACAGCAGGUAAAACUGUGGGUCGGGUCCGGCUCCAAUAGAGAUGGCAGAUGCUUAUUUAUAUUUUUAAUAAUUCUGUGGCUUAAUCAUUUUGCUUCGUUAGCAUGGUUAUUAAAGAAGCGCUGAUGACGUGCGGUCGUGUCGGAGGCAUCCCAGGAGCUAAUGUGUCAGCCCAUGGCUGGGUAUGGGAAAGUGACCUAUCCAUGUCAGUACCAUUUCCAUUGGCCAUCACAGCAGAGAUUGACAUUAUUAUGGAUUAGUGUUCUCAUAUGUAGGUAUUAGAAAUUCAUAGGCCAUUCCUAUUUUCUUGAUACAUAUCCUUACAUGAAAAUUAGAGGCCUAUUAAAUUUGAGAAGUGUUUGUUGCACAUGCGUGGGAGCUGCCGUGUCACGGAGCAGCUGGGAUGUCCCAUUCAACAGCCCUGCUCAAAGCGGUGUCAGGCACUUCCAGUCUCAUCUUAAAGUACCCCCAGAACUACUCAGUAUGGCUUAAAAGCUGGCAAAACAGAAGAUGACUGUAAUCUUUCUUCACAGAAACAGCAUGCAAACAUCACAAACAAAUGUAAACACCAAUCUCCAUGUAGAUUUUCUUUGGUUUUUUUUACAUUAUUUCUCUAUCUCCUUUCCAAGGGCUGUUCCAGAUGCACAGCCACUCAGGCUGGUGGAUGGUAUAUCCAGACACUUGGCUUUUGCUUGUCAUUGCAGAAGUAAAAGUUAUGGGAGGCCCUAUGGCAUCCAUGAGCAUUAGGAGGGUGCACUCGCGGUGCCAGCUCUGAUGGCUGCCUCCAGUGUGACUGUGUCACUGACAGAGCAUCCCCAGUGCACGAGGUGGCAGCUGCUGCACCUCUUAGUGGCUGUGUUUGCACUGAGAGGUUCUCCUGGCAUCAUUGCUUAAAGGUGGUGAGAGGUGCAAGCAGUCUGCAAUUGGCUAGGCUUGAGGUGCAGUCUCAGAGUGGCUGAGACUGAGAAAUUACACUCUGACUUAGAAAAAAGCACUGAAUUUAGCCUCAGUCACAGUAUUUCUGUUGGCUCGAAUCCCAGACCUACCUCUUUGAUGAGGGGUCAGAUCCUGGAUCUGCCUCCUUUGUGAGAAUAUGGAAAACCCCCAAGCCCUUCCAGAAGAAUUUCACAUAAACCUCUCAUGUAGAAUGAGGUGGUAGUGGUGAGGGGCACCUUAAAUGCUGAUACAACGUUGAGGGUGACAAAUUGUGAUGUAGUGAAUGAAUGUAAGUUUCUGAGUGCUUGGACCCCAGUCUUUCCUCCAUCUCCUGAAUUUCUGUGUUUCCCUGGCAAAUAAUUUGAAAUCUUUCCUUUGGUUGUGUGCCCACAAAGGGGAGCACUCAGAGUCCCAGUCCACAUCUGAUAGGCAUCGUUCUGUUUGCCUCCCCGUUUAUGAAAUACCUCCGAAGGACGCUGGGAGGACUGGCUUCUAUUUGCACAAUGUGUUUAAAAUGAAGAGAACUCUGCAAAUACUGAAUAUAAUUAUUUAUCAUCUUCUAGUCCUAGCGGUUUUUAAGAAUUGCAUUGAUGAAGCGAGGGCCAGCCAUAAAGCAAAGGGCUGUCAGAAGGCUGGGAGCCCAAGGAGACAGGAGAAACCAGGCAUGACCGGGGCCUGAAGCAGUGAGGCGUUGUGAUCCAUCGAGCUAGAUGAGUUUCUCUGCACACGUAUUUCCCAGUCACUAGAAGGAUUUAUUUCUUUGUAGCACUCCAGUGCAAAGAGCGUUGUGAAGAAGAACUGUGUUCUUUGCUGCAGAUCUGUGUGUUCUGACUUUGUCUUUACACCUUCUGGUUACGUCUGCUGUGGGUGCUGGGCAGAGCCUCCAGGCUCCCUGGGUUCUGUGCUAUCUAUUAAUUAAUGUAUCAAAUAGAUUCCUUACACACCCCAUGUGGAACAACCUGGGGAGACAGAAGGAGCUGGUGAGCCCUGAUCUUGGGGUCCCACAGCUCCAGCCCCAGUCCAUCCCUGCAGUGUGAGCCAUCCUGGGCUGGUGGUGCCGGGUGGGCACAGCAACGUCCUCACUGCUUACGUGGCUUUGCGUCAGCGCUUCUCUUCCAGUGCUUGGUGACUCACAUCAAGAACCGCUGCUCCAGCGGGUUGUCAACUUGUCAACCCCGUUCAUUUCUCUUCUCCACGUUCAGGCCAGCUUGGUAAGUGGGCCCUCGCAAACAUCUGGGGCACGCAGUUACUGGGGAGCGUUGGGAUGGCGGUGGGUUUGGUGAAGUGGGAGACGGCGCGGGAUGUGGCGGCCUGGGGGCUCGCUUAGCGGCGCCCCGAAUGAGUGCGAGGACCAUGAAACUGAAUUAAAUUUAUAAAGGUAGAUGGUGGAUAAAGAGUUGCACACUUUAAAUGUUGUAACGGUUAUUAAACGGCAUACUGGUACUCUUUGCUGUACAUUUAAAUAUUUAUACAUUUUUGUAGAAUUAAAAUAUACUGGUUUAGUUUUCUUCUGGUGCCUCUGUCUUUUUCUAGACGUACUUAAGUCUUUAUGGUGCAGUGGUGCUAUGUGCUGAGAGGUCGGCUUUGCACUACAGCCCGUCUGUUUGCCCGGCCCUUAUUACACGUGUGGUUUGCAAAUGGCAGAGCCAUGGGAGGUGGAGGUGCACGCGGUUCGCCGGGCAAAUCGCUGUGGUUGCCUUUGGCUUCUCCUUGGGUGGCUCUUAGGGCUGAAUGUUCCAGAUCCUAGCACGUGAAACCCAAAACGUCACUUCCUGGGGUAAGCACUCUUCAAAUGCUCUGUCAGGCAGCUGUGCCAGUGGGAAAGGCACUGCUUUCCUAUAAAUUCAGCUUCAGUUCCCUCUGGGGCAGGGUGCAGAAUGGCCAAAGGACCUGAACUGUGGCUGCUGCUGCUGCUGCUCAUCCCUCCUGGCAACACUGCCGAUGGUUGCAGAGCUGCAUGCAGCAUAAAGGAAUGGGUGAUGCUGAACACACGGUGCCAAUAACGACGUUUUAUUUGGGCAGGUGGAGGAAUUUCUUUCUUUCAGUCACGUCUUGAAUCCUGAGGUGGUAAGUUCUGGUGGGAAGGGAGGAGAGUCUGCUUUAAAAAUAAAGGAUUGUAAACGUAAAUGCACAAUAAUCCUUGGGAGAUGGGGGGGCAGGGGCCGGCCAUGGCAUUGGCACCAUGGAAGGGGCUGCUGAGAAAUGCAAUCCCAAGUGCUAAGAGGCCACUAACACAUUGUGUCAGGUUUUACUUUAAUUUCAAUUCUUGUCCAAAUCACAUCUUUUUGGUAUUAACCUUGUGAAAAUGAAGUCAUGGUGCUAAGGGCCAGGAAAGGCGGUGUAGCCUUCAUCUGCAGUAUUUCAUAGGGACUGACAAAGACGCUCAUGCAACUGGAGAGAAAAAACAUAUAAAUCUUUCCUAUCAGAGCGUAACUGCUUCUGUGUUUUUUAAGCCUAAAACGACCCAGAUUGUCUGCAGAGAAAUAUGCAUUUGUGUAUUUGCUUCUAAUAAGCUGCAGUUUGUCUAAAACAUCCAUCGCACAUACGCCAUUAAAAACAGCCCGUCAAGUUACUACUCUGAUUAUUAAACUAUUUUGCAGAGAUGCAAUUAACUGUAGAGCUCGUGUUAAUUACGGUCUGUGAAUCAUUUAGAUGAAUCAUAAAAUAAUCUAUUUGUGAGUAAUGAGUGCAGGCAGAGGUAUGUUUCUUUUUGCAUUUCUCAGAAGCGUUAACAGUUGGGAUUGGUAAUGGAGCUAUAAUUACAGCGAGGGAAACAGCCGACAUCUCAUUUUUCAUUAAAAAUAGAAGGAAAAAAAACCCAAACUGUGCGUGUUUUUCUCUCUUCUUUUGAGGUACAUUGAGGAGUUACAUGGAGACAAAACUUCCUGGGGGUCAAGACCUUAAGAAAAUCACUUUUCAGUGCAUGCGGAAGGAUGGCGUUCAUCAUCGUUAGGAGAGCCUUUUAAUUGGGUGGUGAAGGACCAUUACCUGCUUAAAGAAACACACCCCAGCACCAGAUGUCACAGGUCAGUGUUCCCACGUUGGGGGGGGGAGUUCCAAGCGUGGCCGUGGGGGCACGCCAAGGCUGGGCGAGCUGUCCCAGACCUGCCUGCUGCUCCCACAGUCACUAGUAAGGCCGUGCUCAAUGGGAUCCGUGAGCAGUGGGUUCAGUCUGCGCAGCCAGCACAACUCCUCUGCUCCAAGCCCCAGACAUCUGAGCGGAGCGAUUCCAUUCAUUGUGCCGCUGCCGUGAGUAUUAUACGCCCUCGUCGUCGUCUGCCAGGUGACAUCUGCCACAGGGAAUGAGUCACGCCUGGAAGCGAUUACAUUGGUGCUCCUGAAUUCAGCCCUCACUAACCCAGGUUCUGCUUUCCCUGCGUGGCUCUGUCUGGGUGGUGCGGUCUCUGCAGGAUGGGCUGGGGGCAGGGCUGCGUGCCAGGGCCGCUCACUGCUGUGCCCCGUGGCUCACCCCUUCCUGUCCUCUGUCUGCACCUCCCCGGGUCAGGGAAAUUGAGAACAAACCAGCACGUGGCUCUCUGCGUUACAUUGGAGCUGAACUUCGGGUCUUGACGUGCCACAGCAGGAUGCUCAGAAAUCAGCGAGCUGCAACCCCGUGUUUUAUCUCUGCAUAAGUGAUUUCUAGCCAAAGCUGGGAAGG